UCGUCCACUCAGUGAGCGUUCGGACAGGACGGGUGGUAGAGUGCAAGUGGCAAUAUAUUGGUUACUAACACGCUAUUCUCUGUACUAGCAUACCAACACAAUGGCCGAUGGCGAAGACGAUCACGAGAUCAGCUACAUCGAAGAUUCGGGCCAGGUAAAGUUUUACCUCCGUCGUCCUGUGCAUCUGUACGUUCCUACGGCCAUAAAAGAUGAUGGCUACGAUCCUCUCCUCGAGACAAGCCCUCCUUCUCAGAGCCUUGAGCUGCAGUAUAUCUACGGCUACAAAGGCCGCACGUGUCGCAACAACGUUGUAGCCCUGGCGUCAGGUGAGGUUGUUUACUUCACGGCGGCGGUGGGCGUCGUCUACAACGUUGACGAUAACACGCAGAGAUUCUACAACCAGCACACCGACGACAUCAGGAGCCUAGCCGUACACCCCGAUGGUGAGACGGUCGCCACUGGCCAGGUCAAAGGAAACGACGACGAGUUCGAUGCUGCUCACGUACGCGUGUGGAGCAGCGUCACCCUGGAGACGCUGCACGUGUUCGGCACGGGGGAGGUGGAGCGCGCGGUUGCCUGCUUAGCCUUCUCGGUUACAGACGGAGGAGGGCUGCUCGCCGUCGUGGACGAAGCGACUGAGCCGCGGCUGUCAGUGUGGGAGUGGCAGGACGAGAACAAAGUCGCCGCCGCUCGCUGCUCUGGCGACCCUGUGCUCGCUGUGACGUUCUCACGCGAGUCCACUCAGCGCGUCGUCACGAGCGGAAAGAACUCUCUUGUUUUCUGGAGCCUCGAGGACGGAGCUUUGAAGAAACGCACGGCCGUCUAUGGCUCUCACCCCAAGCCCAAGUUCACCACAGCUGUGGCCUUCACCGAGAGCGGCCAAACAAUCACGGGAGACAACAACGGCAAUAUAUUCUUCUGGAAGGAAGACGGCAGCGAGGUCACGAAAGCGGUGACUGGAAUACACGAAGGCUCCGUGUUCUUCAUUCUGCCUCACGAAGGCGGCUUCUUGACAAGCGGCAAGGACGGCACUAUUAAGAAAUGGGAUGUAAACUUUGGCGAAGCCAGCGCAUCUGUUGUGGUGAGCGAAAACGACGGAGCAGCUCGCGCGUUUGCGGUGCUGGGGGAGCAGCUUGUCGUGGGCACCAUCAAGAACUGUCUCCUUAAAGGCAGCCUCGCUGACGGCUUCACCACCAUCUUCAAGGGAGCCGAAGAAGAGCUAUGGGCCGUGGCCACUCAUCCCUCCAGCAGCCAAUUCCUGACCGGGUGCCUGGGCGGCCUCUUGAUCGCGCGAGACGCUGAGACUAAAGAAACUCAGUGGUUCGUCUCUAUGAAGAGUGGCGUGCAGAGCGUGUGCUACUCACCUGGAGGGGAGGUGGUCGUGGUGGGGCUGGCUGACGGCACGUGGCAGGUGCUGGACACCGAGACCCAGGAGGUCGUGUUCGAGGGACAUGAUGGCGAUGAACCCAUACAGGUGGUGCGGUUCUCCCCUGAUGGGUCGCUGCUGGCGCUCGGGUCCCGGGACAACAGCGUCUAUAUUUACGAGGCUGGCGACGCCUUCAAGGAAUACAAUAGUCGAGGCGCCUGCACUGGCCACUCAAGCUUCAUCCGCAGCCUCGACUUCUCUGCCGAUGGUUCAUUCCUGCGCACCAAUUCUGGCGACUACGAGCUGCUCUUCUGGCGCACGGAAGACUGCAGCCAGGAGACGAGCGCCUCAGAGCUGCGUGACACAGAGUGGGCGACCCGCACGUGUCUGCUCUGUUUCGAGAACUUCGGAGUGUGGCCGGAGGGCGUGGACGGCACGGACCUCAACUCUGUCACCGCCGCGCACCAGAAGCCGAUUGUCGUCACCGCCGAUGACUUCGGCAAAAUCAAGCUCUUCAAAUCUCAAACUUACUAUGCAUAUACAAGCCACAAGGUGUGCCGCGGUCACAGCAGCCAUGCCACAUCCACGGCCUUCUCCCACGACGACAGCUUCCUCGUGUCUCUGGGUGGUGGUGAUAGCAGCGUCCUGCAGUGGCGCGUGGUCGACGAGUAACGCGUCUGCUAACGGCACGUUACUUCCCUGCUUCACAACUUCCGAUUCCGGCCUACUAGAUCUUGUUCAGAUUUUGCUGCUUGAUUGAAUUCAUAUUUUGUUUUGUUUGAGUGAAAAUUUAUAAUGGCGCAUUAUAAUUAGUUAGGCGUCGAGGUGCGCAUCAUUGGAAGUUGUGCGUCAAACAUUCCAUCAUUUUUUUUCUCUACGUUUUGUGUCGCUGUAUCUCAGUUACAACGAUUCUAAUGUCUACAUAUAUAUUCUCAUAUAGUCUCUUGAACCAUAGUCUCGUAUAACAGAAUAAGACUGCCAGUUUGAGCGCGCUGUGAAAAGGCAGGUAUUUUAUGGUGCUAUUGAGAUGACAGUUCAACCAAAAAAUUGGCCGGUUGCUAGCAACUGAAAAUACUUUAACAAAAUUUAUAUUACAUGAAAUUUAUUCUCCUAUUGUGUUUUCCAUUUCAUAAUAACAUUGGCAAUUGAACGAAAUUUACUAACUUCUAAACUUUGGAAGAAUUGCUUCGAUCGAAAUCAGACUUCCGAUCACAUUUGGCAUUAAUUAAAUUAAUUAAGACAUUAAAUAAGUUCCGAUCAAUUACUAAAAUUGCCUGAACGAGUUUCUAACUGCCGCUAAUAAUGGUUUUGAUGGCUGAAAUUUGACCACGUGUUUGACGGAAUACCUUUAUCUAUUUGCCUGUGCAGGUUUCGUUGUGAAAAUGGUGUGAUGGUGUUGUGAUACUCUACAAUUUUGUGGCAGUGCUGUCAGUCUUGAAAUGGUCUACCAAGGAAGCAAAUCUUUAAGUUAACCUUGCCUCACGCGACGUGAAUAAUUGUUGAACACAAACCAAGAAGUAGUACUGUUAUCGGCAGCGGUUUCUUCAUAAAUUUUUCAAGUAGUAACGCUGAAGGCCCUGAAAUGGACCGUGUUGAUGGAAGGUCGAAUUCAUAGAAAAAUUAUACUUUGUGGUUUUAGAGACGCCGAAGCAUUUCACUGAUCUAAGUCUGUGAUAAGAUCGGUUACGUCAACACGAUGUUUCUAGUUAUCAGCACCUCUCCUUUGUAUGUCGCUUUGGCAUGCACUCAUGCACAUUGCGCUGCUAGCCGCGUCAAAAUUCCUUCUUCAUCGUAGUCUAUUCACGCUUUUGUGGCGCUCACGCGUGCAAUAUUUUGCUUCUACUAUUUGAAACAUUUCAUGGAAGUUGGACGAAAUUUUAGUUGUAUUGCUCUCAGUUGAAUGAUUUUAUGUCUUCCUUGUGGAAGAGAACUGCAUACUUGAUAUUUCGCACUGUAGGUUAAGAAUGAAAAACAUCGAAUUGUAUUUGCCUAAACUCUCAGUCGAGCUUCACUGGAUGAUUCUCAACGUCACUGUAAAUUUCGCUAAAAAGCCUGUCAUCAUCGGACCCAAAUUCUCUUGUCUGUAGUCGAGAAAUAUAAUUUCUUGUGGCUACGAUUUCCAUUUUAGAAGUUCAAGUUAACUAAAUGCUUGAAGAAUUGUCUGAUAAUUAAAAUUGUUUCAAAAAAAUUAACCAAAGUAAAUUCUUGAGUAAGUUCUUUUAAAUAAGCAUUGCAUCACAAAACCUUGAGUUCUCCAAAAUCUCCAAGUUUUUAUUGCGGCUAUUGAGCUUUAUAAUGAAAUUCUAUCACAAAGCAUUUGCAAUGGUAAUCAAUUAUGUAGAACCCAAUUCGUGAUUUAAAAUAAGUUAUUCUCAGAAAUACUUGACUGUCAUAGGCUGUGUAGGGCAAAACUGUAGUAAUAACUAGCAAUGUCCGUUCCUGUUGGGCGCUAGUGCACCGUUCCUAGUUGAGUAAGAUUUUGUCUUUUCAACUUUACCGCUUUCCCAUGGAUUGAUAUAAUUAAUGAUUGAAUACAACUUCAACGCGAUGUAUUUGUGUUGUGCUUGAACUAGAACUUCUACUUUUUGAACAUUAAGUUUUCAAAUCUUAGUUACGUGAAUUUUCAAACUUGCAGAUUUUAGUAGAUAAUUUAUCUGAUACCUUUGAAUUGUUAUGGUACCUAUUUCAAUCUUUAUGAAUUCAUUUGUAAUGAAAAAGUAUUUAAAAACUCUAGUUAUAUGUGUUAAUUAUAUUAAAUUCGCGAGCUGAAUGGCCCAAUUGAGUUUGUUGACGAAAUUAUAUCAGCAUUAUUCCUUGAAUAUUUGAUUAGCAAACCAGUAGUAAUGCUGCCUUUGAAAACAAUUGCCUUCAAUGUGCUUAAAAAUGUAAUAUUAAUCGCGCACUCUAGUUCCAAACAUGCGUAUAACGCAAAUAUAAUAUAAACGUGACCAUA